AUGGAGCCCUCACCUAUCACAAAAGAGUCUCCAAUUGUGAUAGUCGGGGCUGGUGUUUUCGGUCUCAGCACGGCUCUUCAUCUCGCUCAGAGCGGCUACAAAGAUGUCAAGGUCAUUGAUAAGCAGCCAUACAAGAAAAGUUUGUACUCUUACGACAAUGGCUGUGAUGCUGCUUCAGCCGACAUGAACAAGAUUAUGCGCGCCUCAUACGGGUCUGAAGUCGAAUACCAAGAGCUGGCGUUAGACUCGGUCGCUCAAUUCACGCGGUGGAACGAAGAGAUUCAGAGCGGAAAAACUCUGCCCCCCGGCUUCAACACUUCGGACAUCAUCUACUGCAGAAAUGGCAAUUUGACUGUCAAUGACCAGGAAAGCUUGACAAGCUUCGAUAUCCAAAGCAUAGAUGGGAUGAAACGAGCGGGCCUUGGAGAUACUCAAUUCGUGACCAAUGAUCCCAAUGACAUCAAAAGAGCUGAAGCCGCAGGCUUCGGGUUUGCAAUUAACCCGUUCAACCGGAGCUUGGAGAAGAACUACGGAGUAUUAGACACUUGGGGUGGCAUGGUGUACGCUGAUCGCGCUUGUCGUUUUGCUUUAUACAAGGCAGAGUUACUCGGAGUGAAGCUAGUGCUGGGUGACCCGGCGGGGAAGUUCGUGCAGCUUCUCCGUGAACCUAGUUCUGGUAGGAUUGUUGGUAUUGAAACAGCCGACAAGGCACAGCAUCAUGCUGCUUUGACCAUUAUGGCAUGUGGAGGGUGGACGCCGUCCCUGAUCCCCCAGCUGGAUGGUAUAUGCGAAACUACCGGCGGAAGCGUCAGUAUCUUCCAACUCCCAUCCGAAAAUAAGGAGUUGUGGGAAAAGUUUGCUCCUACCAAUUUUCCCACCUGGAAAUACAAGAUUCGGGACGGUGCUGCCGGAGGGUUAUACGGGUUUGCAAGGGACCCCCGCGGCAAGAUCAAGAUUGGCUACCGUGGCACCAAGUAUACCAACCCACAGAUCCAGGCAGACGGCAAAGCCAGAAGUGUCCCGAUCACAAGAUGGACCCAGGAAUCGACAAAGAAACUGCCUCAGCAGUCUGCCGGGGUAAUUCGUCGGUUCGUGGACGACUAUCUCCCGGAAUUGCGGUCGUGCCCGGUCAAGACACGCCUUUGUUGGUAUACCGAUACCUUCGAUAAUCAUUUCGUCAUCGAUUUCGUUCCCGGGGCCCAGGGUCUCAUGGUAGCAACAGGAGGGAGCGGUCAUGGCUUUAAGUUCCUUCCUAACUUGGGCCGGUUCGUUGUGGAUAGAAUUGAAGGAAAGAAGGAUGAGGAGAGCCUUCUCAAGUCAUGGCAAUGGAGAACCCUACCUGAAGGGGAAAAGCCUUUUAACAGUAUUAUGGAAGGUCCCCACAGCGAACGAGCUCUACAGAAUCAGCUUCUCACCAGAGACGACAGCCUCGACACCCUUCUUCAAAGCCUAGGGGCCCCCUACAGGUUCACAGACAAGGCCCUUCAGAUCACGACUAUCCAUUUCAGUCUUGAUUUUGUCGGCUUGAUCCAAUUCCAGGCGGCAAUACCAAAUAUAGCUAUUUUACUCAAACUGGACCAAGGAUUUGAAAAUCCAGAAAGCAAAGGUGUUCUCCGCAAUAUGCUCUGCCUACAAGCGCUGUGGACAUGGCCGAAGAGGCGCAACUGCCGCGCCGAAGACGAUCGCUCUCUACUUACGUGUUGCAGAUCUUUCGACCAAUCCUGGCAGAUGGAUGAGAGGAACGAAGCCUUGAAUAAUCCACAGCCUCUAGAGCAAGAGCGGUACGUCAAGCUGGGUAUUGGCGGCGCUGGAAACAUACGCAAGUACGUGUACUCCCUCUCAGCCGUGUUUCACUGGAUCUGGGGAACUAAAACAUUUAAAGAAUAG